AUGAGUUGCUUCCCUUGUUUGUUCUCACCUUCUCCUGGUAAGAAAAAAGAUAAGAAGGACGGGGCGCCCCAUGCUUCUGGCUCCAACAGACACAGGAAGGGUGAAGGCAAUGGAGAAAAUGGAAACAUAGAUGCACAAACCUUCACGUUUCGCGAGUUGGCGGCUGCCACCAAGAAUUUCAGGCAAGAAUGUCUUUUAGGCGAAGGUGGUUUCGGAAGAGUCUACAAAGGGGAGCUUCAGAGCAAUUGCCAAACUGUGGCAGUGAAGCAGCUAGACAGAAAUGGGUUGCAAGGGAACAAGGAGUUCCUGGUGGAGGUGUUGAUGUUGAGCAGCCUCCACCAUCCGAAUUUGGUGAAUCUCAUUGGGUACUGCGCUGAUGGGGAUCAGAGGCUUUUGGUAUAUGAGUACCUUCCCUGUGGAUCUCUCGAAGAUCACCUUCUUGACCUUGAGCCAGAAAAAAAGUCACUAGACUGGUACACCAGAAUGAAAAUAGCCUCAGGGGCUGCUCUGGGCCUGGAGUAUUUGCACGUGAAGGCCAACCCUCCGGUGAUAUAUAGAGACCUCAAAUCCUCAAACAUAUUGCUGGAUGAAUCCUUCAAUGCGAAGCUGUCCGAUUUCGGACUGGCCAAGCUCGGACCGAUGGGCGACAAGAUGCAUGUGUCGUCCAGGGUGAUGGGGACCUAUGGCUACUGCGCUCCCGAGUACGCCAGAACCGGUCACCUCACAGUCCAGUCUGAUGUCUACAGUUUUGGCGUUGUCUUGCUCGAGCUCAUAACUGGUAGAAGAGCCAUCGACACUACUCGACCGAUCGAUGAGCAAAAUCUUGUCGCAUGGGCACAGCCCAUAUUCAAAGACCCCAGGAGGUUUCCUGAAAUGGCAGAUCCUCUUCUAAGCAAGAACUUCCCUGAGAGGGGUUUGAACCAAGCGGUCGCAAUUGCCGCAAUGUGCCUCCAAGACGAAGCAAUGGCUCGUCCCUUGAUAAGCGAUGUCGUCACUGCUCUUAGUUUCCUUUCGAUAGUUUCAAACGAUGUCGGCACCGCCGCACCGUCACCCAGUAAACCUCCCCCCACGCCAUCUCUUCAGGAGAAACCCAACUCAAAUCAUCAAGGUGAAGGCAAAGGCAUCAGUACCAAUAAUUCUCAUAAGGGUUUGGGAGACACUGCUACUACUACUACAAAUAUUGCAACCAGCUGCCACCAUGAAGAUGAGGACACCACAGAUAGUGACGAUCAAGACACUGUCAGUGCCCUUGGGAGUUUUGGGAUUCCCCGACACGGACGAGACAGCGGUUCGAAUAAUCGAGACGGGACUAGUUCGGAUUCCGGAAACGAGUUCGAUUCCGUUUCUCACAGCAAUAGUAGUAGUAGUGCAAGUAGUGAGAGUGGGAAGAGAACAUACAGUUUGGGUUGUGGCAACAAUCAGAAUAGGACUGCUGCUGGGAGUAGUCGGAACAAUUCGAGAUCGAAUUACGAGAAUGGUAGUACUCAUGGUUCGGAUUAUGAAGAAGAUCCGAAGGGAGGGAGUGCAGCUGAAGAUUGGGGAAUGAGUAGUACAAGCAGUAGUGGCGGGGAUGAGAGAGAUAGUUCGGUUCAUGAUAAUAAUAAGAAGAGGGAGGACAAAUCAGAUUAUGAGAACAGUAGUGAUAAUUCAGAUUCUGAGGAAGAAGGCAGCAGCAGGAAUGGCCAUCAGCAGAAGAGCAAAAAUGCACAUUCUAAUUAA